UGUUAUAGCUGGUAUUUUGUACCUGGAAUCUUCAGGUCGAUACUUCUAUGCCUAAACUAUUCAACUAUCUCCUUGGGACAACUUAGCCGGGUUUUUAUUUCAACUUCAAUUCUUGAAUAGAAGCUUUAGUAGCCGUAUUGUCACUAGCAUACUGUUCCUCUAUGAAAAUUUUCAAUUCUGAUUGAAGCCUUGUGAGAUGAUUGAGAAUAUCUUCCAUCUACUACUGUAAACAAAAUCUUCAACAGGACGACAAAGCCUUGUUAUGCCAAUUAGUCAAGGGAUGUUGGGGAAAAAAAGAAAAAAGUUACUCGAGUGACCAAAAAUAUGAGAAAGCAUUGUUGAGGUCCAAAAGUUAGUUCUAAAAUCCCUAGAGUUCAGAUAUCUGUUUAUUAUGUUGCUUUCUCCUCUUCUAUUCCAUGAGAAAUGAUUGCUUAAGUGCAUUGCUGACUUGGCUCAUAAUAACCCCCUCCACUGCUGGUGUUUCAGAAGCUAAAUCCCUAUAUGAUGUCUGAGGAAGCUGCUAGAGAUCUCAUUGCACUACCUGAAGCUGGGAAGAACAUUGAAAUAUCCAGUAACGGGAGUGUCCCGGUUACAGGGGUUGAGAGUAUUGAUAAAAAUCAUAAAGAGAAGGAAAGAGAAAAGCCUGCCUUACUGGUUGAACCUGUCCUUAAUGGAGACUGCACGGUGAAAACUGGGGCAGAGGUGGUUGCAGAAGUAGAAUACAUAGAGUCUGAGAAUUUGAAUGAUGUAGAAGAUGUUGACACAAGCCUUAAGACACUGUUGACUGGGCUAGAGUCCAAGGACUGGGUUUUAGUGUGUGAGACUCUCAAUGAUGUUCGGCGUCUGUCCCUAUUUCACAAAGAAGCCAUGGUUCAUAUGUUGGGAAAUGUAAUCUCCCUUAUUGUGAAAUCUUUGAAAAAUCCAAGAAGUGCUGUUUGUAAAACUGCUAUUAUGGCAUCAGCUGACAUUUUCAAAGCAUACUGUGACAACGUAGUUGACUCAAUGGAUCCACUGCUUGUACAACUUCUUCUGAAAUCUUCACAAGACAAGCGAUUUGUAUGUGAGGCAGCUGAAAAAGCUCUAAUAGCUAUGACAACAUGGGUUUCUCCAUCACUGUUGUUACCGAAGCUGCAACCAAAUCUGAAACACAGAAAUCCUCGAAUUCGAGCAAAAGCUUCAAGCUGCUUUUCUCGAAGUGUACCACGUCUGGGAGUAGCGGGAAUCAAAGCGUAUGGAAUUGAAAACUUGAUCCAAAUAGCUGCAUCUCAGCUCAGUGAUCAGCUUCCUGAGUCAAGGGAGGCUGCUCGUACACUGUUGUUAGAACUGCAAAAUAUCUAUGAAAAAGCACCCAGCGUUACCCCAACGGCAGUGAGUGAUGAAGACCCAGAAACAAUUUCCUGGGAGCAUUUCUGUCAAUCAAAGCUCUCGCCUUUGAGUGCUCAAGCAGUUCUUCGUGUAACCAAUCUCACUAGGGAGGGUAUUGUUUUAGGUUCAUAGUAUUUGUGCAAGUAAUGAGCUAUAGUUCAUCUUUGUCCGUUCCCAUUUUUUGGUUUGGUUUCUUAUACCUGUAUAUACUAUGAAAGGUUUGAGGUGUUUGCGAGGCAGUUAGACCAUAUAUAGAGCUAUAGAUUUUAUAGUGUCUUGAAGAUAUGGUUUAGAUUACAUUUGCAUUAUACUGAAAGUCGUUCAUGAAUGCUUUUUUCCAGGAUGCAGUAUACGUGUAAUUGUUCUCGUUCAUUGUUUCCCGUGGUAUGUUAAUGGUUGAAGAGCAAAACGCAAUAUUGUGAAGUCAA